CCUGAGGAACGUGCUGUCCGUGGUGGGCACCGACGCCUUGAAGAAAACCAAGAAAGACGAAGAGAAGAGCAAGAAGUCGAGCGACGAGUAUCAGCAAACCUGGUAUCACGAGGGCCCCAAUACGCUGAAAAUGGCUCGCCUGUGGCUGGCGCACUACUCCCUCCCUCGGGCUCUGACGCGGCUGCAGGCUGCCAGGGAGCAGCGGGGGAUCCCAGAAUCCACCAGGACUUCCCAGAAACAGGAGCUGAAUAAGUCUCUGCAGUCCCUGAAUAAUUUCUGCAGCCAAAUCGGAGACGACCGGCCGCUGUCCUUCUGCCACUUCAGCCCCAACUCCAAGAUGUUGGCCACAGGCUGCUGGAGUGGGCUGUGCAAGUUAUGGGUGCCAGACUGCAACCUGAUCCGAACCCUAAGAGGACACAACACAAACGUGGGCGCCAUAGUGUUCCACCCCAAGGCCACAAUCUCAUUGGAGGAGAAGGAGAAUUUGGCUUCCUGCGCGGCCGACGGCUCCGUCAAACUCUGGAACCUGGAGAGUGACGAGCCGGUGGCUGAUAUUGAGGGUCACUCAGUGCGGGUGGCGCGGGUAACGUGGCAUCCGUCCGGCAGGUUCCUGGGCACCACCUGCCAUGAUCGUUCCUGGAGACUGUGGGACCUGGAAGCCCAGGAGGAAAUCCUGCACCAGGAGGGGCACAGCAAGGGGGUGUACGACAUAGACUUCCAUACGGACGGGUCAUUAGCUGCCACCGGGGGUCUCGAUUUCGGCAGAGUCUGGGAUCUACGUACCGGCCGCUGCAUUAUGUUCCUGGAGGGGCACCUUAAGGAGAUCUACGCCGUCAACUUCUCCCCCAAUGGGUACCACGUUGCUACCGGCAGCGGUGACAACUCGUGCAAAGUGUGGGACCUGCGGCAGCGCCGGUGCAUCUACACGAUCCCGGCCCACCAGAACCUCACCAGCUCCGUCAAGUUUCAGC